AUGGGGAGGAAACGUCAGUUGCGACUUGUUUACGUUGGGCAAGGAUCAUCACAGUCACGACAACGGGUGGAGGCAGCUGAUGAGGAACCCCACAUUUCUGAGGAUGCAAGACCGGUAGCAACACCGGUGGCAAGUGACGAUGAUGAGACACUAGCUCCAGAUACAGAUGAUUAUGUUCAAACCCAAACACCGGUACAAAAUCCAGCACCGGAACAAAAUCGAGCAUCAGAAAAUAGGCUUGGAAAACGUGGGAAAACAAGGUUGGCUGACAUAUGGGCAAUGACUGGUGAGUACAAAAUUCAGUUGCCGUUAAAUGAUGAAGGCCAACCGAUUGGCGAUGACGGGGAAUUGUUCGUUCGAUGGUUGGGCUCGUUUUGCGAGAAUGGCCUAUUAUGCCCGCUUACGCCUGCUGGGUGGCCAAGUGUCCCUCAAAAGUUUAAAAAUGAUUGUUGGACGGAGAUUAAGCAACGGUAUAUAAUUGAUCCCACUAUUGUCAAACCACCCAAUCAAAUGGGAUGGGCAAUGAGUCAGCUAGGAGAACUAAGGAGGAAUCGCAGGACCAAGUUGAAGAAGGAUCACAAAAAACCUGGGCUGUCACGUGAACAAGUAUUGGCUAUUGAACCGCCUGGGGUUAUCCCAGCACAGUGGAAGGAGAUGGUUGAUUAUUGGUUCAAUGAAAAAACUGAGACAUUAAGUCUCAAAAACAAGGCGAGUCGAGACAAGCAAAAAGACAUAGCAAGAUGUGGGGCCAAAAGUUUUGCUCAAAUUUCUGCUGAAAUGGCGAAAGAUAAAGGGGCGGCAGUCAAACGCGCGGAUGUAUUUCAAAAAGUAUACAGUACGAAAGAUGGGGUUGCUGUUAGUGACCGUGUGCAACAUCAGAUGGACAUACGACUACACGAAGAGAUUGGUAAUAGAAUCCUCUGGUCGAAGGACGACGCAUAUGCUCGGGUGAUAGGUCUUGAUGAGCGCCCAGGUCGUGUACGUGGGGUAGGCUUUGGGAUCACCCCAUCAGGAAGAAGUGCCAGAAACGCAUCACAGUUUACCUCGACUACUACUCCAUUGUCAAGCAGAACUCACGAAAGGAUGUCAGACUUGGAGACGAGUCAUGAAGAGCUAAGGGAGGCACUAGCUAAAUCUAGGGAGGAACUAGCAAUUUGUAGGGGGGAAGUAGCUCAAUCCGAGGCGAGGCAUAGGGAGGAAAUGGCUGAAGCUGAGGCGAGGGCCCAAGCACGGAUGGCUGAAAUGAUGGCGUCGAUGAAAACCAUGUUUGCUUCACUUAGCCAGGGGAUACAUAAUUGGGGUCAUUCUCAGGAUGACAGUGCUUGA